CUUUCCUCCCCUAGCCUACUUAGUAGGCUAGCUACCUAGGCUACUAGACCAGGCACCUCCCUGAACAGAGGCACUUGCUUUCGGUGAUGGAGUCGUGUGGCGGUCCCGCUGAGAGCAGCUUGUCAAUCUGUCAACCUCUAACCACGAACAAGAUAAGAAGCUCGAUAGGCACUUGUAAUCGACGGAGCUCAUGAGAGUAAUCGCUACAGGCUCUCAUCUCUCCCGCAUCUCUCACUUUUGUUCAUGUCCUCCCCUUUGAUAUAGAUGGUUUAGUGAGCUUCAGGGGAAGCUAAACAGACUAUUCACAACCAGGUAGAGGCCGAUCAUACAUCUACAAAAGGAAUCAUGACUAUCUUUGCCCUCAUCGUCAUCAACAAGGCCGGAGGUUUAGUUUACAACAAAAACUUCCACGAAGGUCUUCAACAAAUCAGCACAAAUGAUUAUUUAGUUCUCGCAGGAACAUUUCAUGGCGUUCACGCCAUUACAUCUCGUCUCAAUCCUGUCAAGAACCUGCCAGGUGCAACACCGCCAGGAAACAGACCCGAACCAUCAUCAGGCUUAGAGGUUCUUGAGACAGAAAACUUCCGCAUGCAGUGCUUCAACACAAUGACAGGGACAAAGUUCCUUCUCUUCACCGAUACAACACAAGCAAAUGUCGAUGUCACUAUCCGCAGGAUCUAUGACCUUUAUGCAGACUACGUCAUGAAGAACCCCUUCUAUUCUCUUGAAAUGCCUAUUCGGUGUGAUAUUUUUGACCGGAAACUACUUUCGUACAUCCGGGAGAUCAAUAAUCGAUAGACGGGUAAUGGAUAGAUUUACGGAGUAAUCGGAAUCAGCAUGUAUCGUAAUGGCUUUAAUCUUUUCUGUCGUCUAAAACCCCCCUAGCCUGUGUCUAUUAUACAUUUGCUGCAAUGUUGACAGAGCUGGGCCGCAAUCUACUAUGAAGUGUCCAUCUUGUCUCCGUCACCUUUCUGUCCGC